AUGUCUUCCUUGGCCGAUAUUCUACGAGCCAAUGGCGCCCUGCUGGGAACUUUUGUCAACCUGACCUCAACGUUGUCCGCACAUAUCAUUGGCAUUUCCGGCUAUGACACCGUGAUAAUCGACAUGGAGCACGCCCCAACAUCGGCGCUCGAGGCGACGCACAUUGUGCAGGCUAUAGGCUCAUCGUCCAAGGGGACCUGUAAGCCCCUCGUCCGUGUGCCUUCCCAUGGAGUGGAGUGGAUCAAAUGGGCUCUCGACAGUGGUGCAGCCGGCAUCGUCGUCCCCAUGGUCAAUACGCCAGACGACGUGCGCCAAAUUGUCCAAAAGGCCCGCUACCCACCCCUUGGCCAACGCAGCUAUGGCCCCUCCUAUGCCCCCUUCGCUGAUCCAACCUUCGACCGGACGCCUGGGCAAUAUUUCAACACGAUCGCCCCAGGACUUGCAGUGCUGCCCAUGAUCGAAUCUGCAGAGGGCGUGAAGAAUGCCGAUGCUAUCCUUGCCACUGAAGGCGUCACAGGUGCAUUCGUUGGGCCCUUUGAUCUGCGCUGCUCGCUGGGCCUACCUGGUGGAGAUGGAACAGAGCAGCGCUUUCUCGAUGCUUUGAGCGCCAUUGUUGCGGCCGGGAAGAAGGCCAACAAGCCCGUCGGCAUCUACACGGGAUCGAUCGAGCAGAUGAAGCGCAAUUUGUCCUUGGGCUUCAGUCUGAUUGUCUUCCAGGCCGACUCUACAUUCCUUGCGAGCGCUGCCAGGGCUUCGGCGGAAGAGGCGAGAUCAGUCUUGAAGCAGGCAAAGCUGUAA